GCCGCACAGCGCCAACGGUUGCGGGGUCGCAACUACUCCCAGGCUGCGCGCCUUGCGCGCCGGGCCUCGCAGGACCGCGGCGAGUUCAGAAGGCGCGGGGAGAGAGGUGAAGUCGAGCAGCGGACGGCUUUUGACGAACGGCCCUCACAGCCAAUGGGAAGCCCGGUCGACUUUCCCGCCCCUGCCAAUAGGGAGCAGAACCCGGGCCAGGGGGGGCGCUUCCCGCAGGCUGCGGCUGGAUUCGAUCCUGCGCGACGGCCGCGAAGGCGGGGGCGGAGGCUCGGCCUGCGCGGCUGGGAGCGGCUUAGGGGAGGAGGGAAGACCGGAAGCCACGGUUGCGUCCCCAUCCUUAGAUUGGCUCCUCCGGGCAGGGAGCGGAGACGGAGGAGGAGGAGGGAGAGGCUGAAUGUUGGCUCGGUAAUUGAGAGGAGCGGCCGCUCCAGAGCCUGCUCCCGGGGCGCCCCCCUCAGUCCGUCCGCGCUUCUCAGCCGCCAGUCUCCUGGCCGCGCAGUCCCCGCGGACGGCCAGGCCGCGGAGACCCUCGCAGAAGAGGCGCUGCCGGCGGCAAGGACUGGCCGGCGGCAUCCGAGGCGCGCGCCCCACCGCCACCCCCACCCGCCUGCCAGCCGGUCCCUCCGGCCGCCGCCAUGUCCUCCUCCUCUUCCUCCCCCAGGGAGACGUACGAGGAGGACCGGGAGUACGAGAGCCAGGCCAAGCGUCUCAAGACCGAGGAGGGGGAGAUCGACUACUCGGCCGAGGAAGGCGAGAACCGCCGGGAAGCGACGCCCCGGGGCGGGGGCGAUGGCGGCGGCGGCGGCCGGAGCUUCUCUCAGCCGGAGGCAGGUGGAAGUCAUCAUAAAGUUUCUGUUUCACCCGUCGUCCAUGUUCGAGGACUCUGUGAAUCUGUGGUGGAAGCAGACCUCGUGGAAGCGCUGGAAAAAUUUGGGACAAUAUGCUAUGUGAUGAUGAUGCCAUUUAAACGACAGGCUCUAGUGGAAUUUGAAAACAUAGAUAGUGCCAAAGAAUGUGUGACAUUUGCUGCAGAUGAACCCGUGUACAUUGCUGGUCAACAGGCUUUUUUCAACUAUUCUACAAGCAAAAGGAUCACUCGGCCAGGAAAUACUGAUGAUCCAUCAGGAGGCAACAAAGUUCUUCUGCUCUCAAUUCAGAAUCCGCUUUAUCCAAUUACAGUGGAUGUUUUAUAUACUGUAUGCAACCCUGUUGGCAAAGUGCAACGUAUUGUUAUAUUCAAGAGAAAUGGGAUACAAGCAAUGGUUGAGUUUGAAUCAGUCCUUUGUGCCCAGAAAGCUAAAGCAGCACUCAAUGGAGCUGAUAUAUAUGCUGGAUGUUGCACACUAAAAAUUGAAUAUGCACGGCCAACUCGUCUAAAUGUUAUUAGGAAUGACAAUGACAGUUGGGACUACACUAAACCAUAUUUGGGAAGACGAGAUAGAGGAAAGGGUCGCCAGAGACAAGCCAUUUUGGGAGAACACCCUUCUUCGUUUAGACAUGAUGGCUAUGGAUCCCAUGGUCCAUUAUUGCCUUUACCAAGUCGUUACAGAAUGGGCUCUCGAGAUACACCUGAACUUGUUGCUUAUCCAUUACCGCAGGCUUCUUCCUCUUACAUGCAUGGAGGAAAUCCCUCUGGUUCAGUUGUAAUGGUUAGUGGAUUACAUCAACUAAAAAUGAAUUGUUCAAGAGUCUUCAACCUGUUCUGCUUAUAUGGAAAUAUUGAAAAGGUAAAAUUUAUGAAGACCAUUCCUGGUACAGCACUGGUAGAAAUGGGUGAUGAGUAUGCUGUAGAAAGAGCUGUCACACACCUUAAUAAUGUCAAAUUAUUUGGGAAAAGACUUAAUGUUUGCGUGUCUAAACAACAUUCAGUUGUUCCAAGUCAAAUAUUUGAGCUGGAGGAUGGUACCAGCAGCUACAAAGAUUUUGCAAUGAGCAAAAAUAAUCGCUUUACAAGUGCUGGCCAAGCAUCUAAGAAUAUAAUCCAGCCACCCUCCUGUGUUUUGCAUUAUUAUAAUGUUCCAUUGUGUGUCACAGAAGAGACCUUCACAAAGUUGUGUAAUGACCAUGAAGUUCUUACAUUCAUCAAAUAUAAAGUGUUUGAUGCAAAACCUUCAGCCAAAACACUUUCUGGGCUAUUAGAAUGGGAGUGCAAAACUGAUGCAGUAGAAGCCCUUACGGCACUGAAUCACUAUCAGAUAAGAGUGCCGAAUGGUUCCAAUCCCUAUACAUUGAAGCUUUGCUUUUCUACAUCAUCCCAUUUAUAAGAAGAGAAGAGCAUGUUAGAAUUUAUGUUCACCUUUAUUACAAUUUCAAAGCUACACUUCCAUUAAGAAAAAAUCUAAAAUGGUUGAUCUCAUGUUGCCUUGCUUACUUUAAGAUCCUGUUCUGUAAUAAACAUAUUUUGCCUUGAGUAAAUUUGUUGUAAGCUUAAAUAUUGAAUUGUUUUCAUUUUAAGAUAGAAUAUCAUAAUGUAGACUAUCUACAGCUUCAUUGUAGAUUAUACAGAUAUAUGAUUUCUAACCUUAUUACUGGAAUUUUUCUUCCACAGUAAAAAUAUAUUUGCAUUCUUAAUGCUAAUUAUCUGCAAGUAUUUUUUCAUUGUGUAAGAGAUUAAUGCAGGUGAAAGUAUUGCAUUUUAAUAUAGAAUUCCUAUUAUAUGUUUAGAUGUUUAAGUAUGUUGCAGUUACUCAUAUUAAACAUAACUUGCAUAUUUAUUAUUUUAAUGAAGUUUGAGAAUAACAUUACAUAUGUUGAAUUUUAAGUACUACAGAUUUAACUGAUUUUAUAUUUCUGAAAGGCUAACAGACGUGGAUACAUGUGUACAGUAUGCAUUCAAACUUAUUUAAAUUGGUGUAUUUUUUUUUAAGUCACUGUCCAUUUGUAUUGACAUGCCUCUGUUUCUAGUCCAGUUUGGAGAUUUUAUAAAGUUGUAACAAUGA